CUCAGGCCAAACACACGAGCCGCCGGUACUUUGUCAAGGCCCAGGAAGCAUACGGGGAAGCCGUCAGUAAGCUACAUCAAGCCCUGGGUUACAACACCGAGGCGACAUCACCGGCCGUAUUGUCAUCGGUGUGUCUGCUUUGGAAGUACGACGUAUGGAUCUCAUAGCAUUCCCCCUGCCAGGUGUGGAUCCGAACUAGUUCCUCACUCACGUCGUCAUCCAGGUCAUCAUGGGCGAAGGCGACAAGAGCCCCCACCUCCGAGGGCAGCGCGAGAUUCUCCGCAUACGCCUCCCUCGCGGAGUGGAUAGCGAGAAAUGGGUCGACCGCCUCGCACUUGCCAGUGUCCAGAUGCAGAACAUUAGUCCACAAGCAUCACCGACACUCGAUAUUCCUCUUCCGCAAGCCACCUCCUCGCCAUACGCAGAUCCUGCAGCAACUCUACAGGAGAUCCUGCUACCCAGAGUGACGUCCAUCACCGGCGCCAUCGCUGCCUUGCCUCGAAUACCUCCGAUCGGCUUCGAUGCCAUGUCAAACGCCAGCGAACUGCUUUGCGUCCAUCAGGAGCUAAGGGAGUGGGAAGCGAGCCUGCCAAACCAGUGGAAAUAUCAGGUCCUCCCGAAGCUUGCAUUCACCGAGCAAGACCCCUUCCCCCCUUCAACAUCGUCCUGCCGAGCAUCUCCGUGGCUGGAAUAUGGAUUGCGUACUGGCUCGCCCGGCUGUCGGUACUGCGUGGGCUGAUCUUGAUCGUGCCCAUGAUCCACGGCAACAGCUCAGGCACCUUGCUGUCCGAGUUGAGAGCCGAUAUACAGUCGGUAGCCGCUUCUAUCUGCUCCAGCAUUCCGCAUAUGCUUGGACAGAUCGAUGUCGAUGGGAAACCGAUCCCUAGCGCCGACCGCGAGGGUCAGGGGAUCGGCGCCUUCUUUGCGACGAGGGCGCUCUACAUUACCGCACAGCUACCCGAGUUGUCUGAUGAGCAAUUAUCGUGGAUCCUUGGCAUGAUGGAGUUUAUCGGGCAAGAAAGGGGAAUCCGGCAGGCAUUGGUUCGGAGAGAGCAGGUGUUGCAAAGACGAGCAGGACUCGUUGCUGGGGUCGGCCCCUGCUUGGCA